UUCCAAGCAACUGCUCCUGCCAUAUAUUUGAACUUUCAGAGUUAGGGCAACAAAUUUAUCUAUUUCUACAUUUCUUCGUUUCUUGCAACACUUGCAACAAUGACAACAUUGGAAGCAAAGCCCUUUUAUAAAUGCUUCACACUCUGUUUCCAAAUACUUCUCCUACUUGCUUACUCUAUCAUUUUUGCUUCAGCAAAAAAUGUCAUCACCCAUCUCCCUGGUUUUGACGGCCAACUUCCCUUCUAUCUCGAAACCGGAUAUAUUGGUGUUGGUGAAUCAAAUGAGUCGCAAUUGUUUUACUAUUUUGUGGAGUCACAGAGGAGCCCUUCACUUGAUCCUCUAAUGCUUUGGCUUACUGGUGGUCCUGGUUGCUCUGUUCUCUCUGCUUUCUUCUAUGAAAGUGGUCCAGUAGCUUUUGACUAUGCAAAUUACAAUGGAAGUUUACCAUUACUCCACCUAAAUCCUGAUACAUGGACAAAGGGCCUCAACAUUAUUUAUGUAGAUGCACCGGUUGGCACAGGAUUCUCUUACUCAACAACUCCAGAAAAUUACUAUGUUAAUGACACCAAAUCCGCCUGGCAAACCUAUGAAUUCUUGCUGAAAUGGUUACUUGAGCAUCCACAAUUCUUAAAAAAUCAAUUUUUCAUGGGGGGCGAUUCUUAUUCUGGCAUACCUCUUCCAAUGAUAGUUCAACAUAUACUUGAUGGAAACAAUGAAGGAAUGAAGCCAACCAUAAACCUGAAAGGAUACAUUCUUGGAAAUCCCAAGACUGAUGAUUACAUUGACAGCAAUUCAUUAUUACCAUUCGCAUUUCGAGUAACUCUCAUUCCACCAGAACUUUAUCAUUCUGCAAAGUAUUACUGCAAUGGAGAUUAUGUCAACAUAAAUGAAAGCAAUACAGGUUGUGUAGCAGCAAUUGAUGCAUACGAACAGUUGGUUCUUCAAAUAAAUAUUAUGAACAUUUUGGAACCGAAUUGCCAAACUGCCAAACCAAGAAAAAGUAGUGAAGGAAGAAGAUCAGCUGAAGAGAUUGAGCCUGAUGAAAUUCCCCUCUCCGAUAUUAAAUCCGGAAAUGCACUUUGGUGCAGGGAUUAUAAUUAUGUGCUAUCUGCUGUUUGGGCUAAUGCUAGAAUUGUCCGAGAGGCUCUCCACGUCAGAGAUGGCACUGUUGGAGUGUGGAAGAGGUGCAAUUCCAGCAUAGCUUAUACAAAGACUCAAUCAAGCACUGUUGGUUAUCAUAAAAAUUUUACAAGCUCAAGCCUUAGAGCUCUUAUCUACAGUGGCGAUCAUGAUUUCUCUGUUCCACAUACCGGGACAGAAACUUGGAUUCGUUCGCUGAAUAUGACUAUAAAUGAAGAUUGGCGAGCAUGGUUUGUAGAGGGUCAGGUUGCUGGAUACACAGAGAAGUUGAUUAGUAGUGACUUUACUCUUAUUUUUGCCACAGUGAAGGGUGGUGGUCAUGUCGCUCCAGAGUACAAACCUAAGGAAUGUUAUAAAAUGAUCGACCGAUUCAUGGCAUAUUUUCCUUUGUAAUCAAUAAUUAAUUGAAGCUUAAAUAUUUUUAAUCAGUCUUUGUAUUGGUAGGAAUUUAAGCCGGCCAUAAGCUCUUGAGAAGCUUCGGAAGUGUGGAACUGUAAACCAAUUUUGCUGAGCAAGUGUGUUCCAUGGCCAAAUAAUAUGUAAUUGCUUCCGAGUAAAGUUAGUGUAAUCUCGUAAUUUGCUUACA